AUGAGCGGGACAGAAGAGAAGGACGGCCUGGGAGAAGCCGCAGGCUGGUCGACACCGCCGGCACUCCUCACGCCGACGGCUCCUGAGAAAACCGCCAACGCUCGCAACAAAGCCAACCACCGGACAGUGUGGCCGUACGGCAACUACCGAUCCUAUUACUCCUUCAGACCCGCGGCAAGUUCGAGCACAGAAGCUGCACCCUCAGCCGAGUCCCUUAACGGCCGGCUCGCUCUCCUCGACCGCCAACUCUUCGCCAACAAACACCUGCUCGACGUCGGCACCAACUCGGGCAAGAUCGCGUUCGAUGCGCUGCGGCAUAUGGGCGCAGCGAGCGUCGUCGGCGUUGACAUCGACCCUCUCCUGAUCGAAGACGCUUGGCGGAUAGCAGGCGAGCUGGGCCUCGAAAAGGGCGACGACCGCCUCGAAUUUCUCGCCGCGAACGUGAUGGACGAAGGGUGGCUCGAUGACUUCGUUGCGAGCGGGACCCGACAAGUCGACGUUAUCACCCUCUUCUCGAUCACGAAAUGGCUGCACCUCCAUCAUGGCGACGCUGGCAUGACUCGGCUCUUUCGGUCGCUUCAUGAGGUCCUUCCGGCAGGAGGAGUGGUGAUCAUCGAGCCGCAAGAAUGGGACAACUACAAGCGCGCGGUCAAGCGGAACAAGAAUUUGCGCGAGACGUUCAAGGCCAUCAAGCUACGACCACCCUUCGAGGACGAGAUGCGAGAAGCGGGCUUCCAGCUUGAGCAGCGGAUAGAGCGGGAGGAGGGAGGGUUCAGUAGGCCGCUGCUUGUAUGGCGGAAGAUCAAUUGA